AAGUGACAUCAUCAGAAUGGGAGCAAAAUUGUUAAAAAUCAUUCUUAAUUGCUACAUGUUUGGACAAAUAUUUAAAAAUUUUUUUCCAUCAGAUUUACUUUACGUUUCAAAUAUGAAUUUUCUAACUAACUGCAGGUGUGAAAUACUCUGGAGCAAUUAUGGUUUAUCAUAGAGGAAAGAGAGUAGAAUAUUUUGGACACAGGUCAGCUGAUGUUCUUGUGGGAUUUCUUCACAAUGUUUGAGCCCCCGGUUUCAUUCAUAGAAAGCAAGAAACAGAAGACUUCGUUUGAAGAUAUUGAUGGAAGCAAAGUAAUAGCUUACUUGGAAAAAGACUCGCCAGAAAUCAAAGCAUUCGAAGAAUCGGCCACGCAGCAUCAACCCUUAUUACCAUUCUUUGCUGUUUCUGAUAAGAAGCUUGCCAAAUCAUUUCGGCUCAAGAAACCCAAAACCAUACAACUCUUGAAACCAUAUGAGAAACCUGUCAAUUACCCAGCAGAUAAGACCAUAACAGAAGAAAACAUCAACAAUUUUAUUGCUCAGAACAAGAGAGGCAUUUUAACGAAGAUUAGACUUGAAGAUAUACAUGAUACAUGGUCAACUAAUGUGGAAGGUUAUUUGGUUACCGCUUUCGUGAGGCUUGAUACGAAUGAAGGUUCACAAUUCUUCUCUUUGGUAAAGUCGCUGGCCAGGCGAUACGGAGACGAAAAGAAAUUACAUUUCUUGUGGGUCGAUCCUGAUCCAUUCCCUACGAUGCGUGAUUACUGGCAGAAGUCGUACAAUAUCGAUGUGAACUCUCCUGUCAUCGGGGUCAUUGAGCCAAAAUUUAGCAAAAGUUCUUGGUUCGAAAGGAAAGGAAAGGAACUUAAAUUACGACAUCUCCAACAGUGGGUGGAAGAUGUUCUGGCGGGUAAAGUGGAGCUGAAAGAGCCCGCGGAUUCUGCGGGAGCGAGUCAGGGCCAAAAACGAGAAGAGCAAUUGAAGAAAGAAGAGCUUUGACCCUAGUUGCUUUUUAGUGUCUUAUAUUCAGCGGUCUUGUUACGAACAGAGAACGCUACCAAGCUACAUGUUAGGGAAAGAUAUGGCGUCUUAAUUGCGCUCAUUUGAUAAAUUAAACCGAGCGAAGAUUAUAUUAAUAAUCAAAGCUGCGGAAAGGGGCAAACGCGAAUGAUAUCUGCGUUACCCAUCGAUCACCCUGCUUCUCCCCCUCCCCCAUCCCUUAUCAUUUCUGACUUUCUUUGGUCUUGGAGUAGUUUUUGUGAAGUAAACGUUAAUGAACAUUUUGAGAUGUUGAUUGUUAGUGAUUUUUCUUUGCAUUUGUUUCGCAUGGGAGAUUUUCGAGCUCGAAUUCUCACUGUAUUUAGGUGAAACAUAACAGUCUUUGCAAAGUAUCUUAUAUUAAAGAAUUUUUUCAAUUUACAAAUCGCAAUGUUGUCAUUGCAGCUAAUUGUAGUUGCUGGUUAGAUGAAUCUUCAAGAUUUCUAGUGCUACGAAUAAAAAUUAUGUUCCCGAAAGCGGGCCUAAGAGGG